CGCGGCAUGUUAAGAAGUGUUAUAUGCUUAAACAAAGCCGGUUAGCGCAAUGUUUAAUCAUUGUUUGAUUUUGUUAUAAUGUGAUAUUUAAUUUUAUAUAUUGUACAUGAUAAUAUGGUAUGUGAAAUAUGGAAGUACGCGAUAAUUCAAUUAUCCUUCAAAGUUGCAGCAACGUGACUGUAGCAGACUCGGUAUGGAAAUUUAUCAACAAUCCUGUAAUUGCAAUAUUCUCCGACUUAAAAAAUGCAACUGCCAAACAAAUGCUUUGCUCUUUGCUAGAAUCAAUAAUUAAAGGUUCAGCUACUUUGACAACAGUUUUGAUCCCACCUUUCAGCAAUGGAAUGCAAAAUGAAACGUUAAAAUAUCAAUAUACUGCAUUUACUACAUGGUUGUUUGGUAUUAUGUUUUACCUGAUUGGAGAUCCCUUAAGCAACGAAGUUUUGGACAAUAGUAUAGAAAUACAAGCUUGUAUGCUUAGAAUAUUAUCUAGACAUCACGUCACAAUCUUUGAAACAAUUAGUAAUGAAUAUAUGAACAUUCUUCAAGAAAUAUCAGAAUUUUACAAGGUCCAUGGAGAGAAAGAUAAAAUUAUAUUGGAUAAAUUUCAUACAGAGAAAAAUGCUAUAGAAAAUUUGGAUCUCCAAGCAUUUCCUGUUGCAAUAAACUAUCAUGAUAUACCAUUAGUACAAACAUCUAUAAUUAAAAUUAUAAAAAAGACAGGAGUUUCUGUUUGGAAUCCUAAAAUACUUUCUGAGAAAGUACUAAAAGUAGUGAUCAUGUCAGCUCCAAAUGUAAAAUUUAUAGGAUUAGACCUUUGUCUGAGAUUAAUGGAAUUUUCCUUAUUUAGUAAACAAGAUCAUGAAAAUUUAGUACUUUGUACUAUUGAAAUUAUUAAAACACUUCCUCUCUGGAGGAACUUCAGAGAAAUAUCAGAAAAACAAUUAAACCAAUUUCUACGGACAUGUAUUGAACUUAUUCAAUUUUUAUCAGUAUCUUCAAACAGCAUUGAACUGUGCUUUCAAAUUAUUGAUUUUACAAUCAAUGAAAUAAAAUGUGAGUUAACUAUACAUACAAUUAGUGCAAAUACUUCAGUGAAUAAUACGUGUGAAUUAUGGAAUUUAUUAAGAAAAGAAUUAAUAAUUGCAACAGAAAAGGGAAAAUUUGAAACAACUGUGCAUAUUUUAAAAGCCUCAAAUAUUUUACAAUUGUGGUUAAAAGAGCUGCAGUUAACAACAAAUUUAUAUACACAUGAGUUAGAUUAUGUUUUGAAAAAAAUAUUGAUAUUACCAUUUAUGCAUAUUGAAAUUCCUGUGGAUAUAGUAAAUAAUCAUGUAAAAGAAAUUGCUAAGUCAUUUAAUACUACUACAAUGUUAAAAUGUCUUGAAGUUCUAUGUGAACAUGGUAAUGGAAUUGAACGAUUAAAGGUAUUAAAUGCAUGUAUAAUAGGCCAUCAACCUGAAAUAGCAGCAGGAGCAGUAUUGAAUAGUAUACUACUUUUAAGAAAUGAAGAAAUACAAUUGGAAAGUAUUUCAAACUGUGUCCUUCAACCUGCAUUACAUUCAAAAGAACAGAAAGUUCAUGAAAUGCUUGUAAUUGCAUUGAGCAAAAUAAGCUGUUAUUUGUCAAAAUGUGGAAAUUUCAAAAGAAAAUCUGAUAAUACGUGGACAUUAAAAUGCAAAUAUUGCAAUGAUAUAUCUGAAAGCAAUGUAAAUUCUAAUGCUUAUGUCUUAGAAGAACACGAUCUUCUUCUUCGUCCAUAUUUUAAAGAUGAAAAUCCUGUAAUUCGUUCCAAUAUUGCUGCAGCAAUAAAAAGAUUAUUGUUAAAUAAAAUAAGCAUUGUAUCAAAAUUUACCAUGAUUAUUGAAGAUGAUGUACCUGUUUGUUUAAACGAAUUUGUCGAAACACUUAUAAAUACUAUAGCACAGACGCUUAUAAAAGCUUUAACAAAUACAGACCAUAUCGUUCCACUGUACAUAAUGGAAAGGCAAAUUUUGAAUAUAUUUUUAAUUACUAUAUUGCAUUCAAUGUCAUCUUCAACAGCAGUAGCGUUUGCAACUACUGCAUAUCAUGAUAUUGCUAAAGUCUUAAACAUUUCUCCAAAGGUUUUAUAUGUUCGAUAUAAAAAAGAUUUUCUCAAGCUUAUAAUACAAUAUGCAGUUCAUAAUUUUAUACAUUAUUCUUACAAUAUGGCUACAUCAAUACACCGUGUUGCAAAAUGUAUUGGAUAUGAAGGAUCACGUCAAUUAUUACGCAAAGAUGGACAUUAUGCAGUUUGUUUCUUGCUUUCUUUUAUCAUUGAUAUGCCAAAUGCAAGAACUCUCUUACACGACAUAGCUGAAUUAAUCAGUAUGAAUGAGAAACAGAUGUUAAAAGAAUAUUUUCCUUAUAUUUGCAGUUAUGCGUUUCUGAACAUGCCUCUUGUUUCUGGCACGGAAUGUUUAAGAUUAAUAUCGAAAAUUACGCAAACGAAUUUGUCACUUUUAACAAGACAAUCAUUUAUGGGGAUAUUUGAAGAAUUAAUAUUAAACUUUCACGAAUCUCCUGAGAAGAUAGUUGGAUUAUUAAAAAUCAUAUCUGAUUAUGAUAAUAAUGCAGACAAAAAUUACGUUACAAAAAAAGGGAUUGAAUCUUACUUGAAUUUACGUUUACAUGGCAUAUUAGUUAACUUUGAUAUAAAACUUGGAUCAAAGUCAGAUGAACAUACACAGCAAUCAGCACUUGCUUCAUUAGCUGCACUAAUGCAUUUUAUGGGUGCACAAUAUUUGACACCGCUAAGAUAUAAAAUUUUAGCGACACUACGAACUUCACUAGGAUUUAAAAGACCAGGAUUUGGACUUCUUGUUUGUGAUGCAUGGAAUGCAUUUAUUCAUAACAUAGCUAUCGAAGAACUUGGCCCAUUGUUGCCGACAAUAUAUGUUUCAUUAAUAUCACUGUUUAAUAUGUAUCGAGAAAAAAUAAUUGCAAUGUUGAAAUUCCUCGUUAUUAAAUGUAACGAAAAUUGCCCAGAUCACAUUGCAGAAUUGUUUUUUAUAGAUGAUAUUGAAGUUCCUGUUGAAAUUUCAAGCAUAAUUAAAGCACACAUUUUACAAACUAAACCUACAGGAUUUGAAGCAAAUUUAAAAUUAUGGCUUAAACGAAUUACUCAUGAAACGGACGAGGUAGUAAGCAGAGCUUUAAAGUAUUUACAAAAGUUUUUAGCUGAAAAUCGCAGUCAAUUGAACGAAAUGAUUUUAAGUGAAACAAAUAUCCAUCCAUUGAUUGUUGAGCUAUUACAUACAUUAUUAAUUGGAUGUCAACAUAAAGAUGAGUCUAUCCGUUUACUAUAUGGCGAAUGUCUAGGAGAAUUAGGCGCUAUUGAACCAAGUCUUCUUCCUCGUAGAAUUAUUUCUAGAGUUGACAGUAAAUUUAUUCCUGAUAUGAAUGAAGAAUUUGUUUGUGCUAUGCUUUUCGAGCAUGCUCGAGCGUUUCAAAUGCAAAAAAGUAGUCAAAGUAUGGAUUGUUUCUCACUCGCUAUUCAGGAAAUUUUAAAAACAUAUGAAAUUUCACCUCAAGGCAAAAACAAUGAAUUAUGGAAUAGUUUACCAGUGACUAUGAAACAGAUUAUUACCCCUUUUUUAACUUCACAUUAUAAGAUUGCAACUAUUAGUGAUGAUAAAACCUUUCCCCAUCCUAUUUAUGGCUCUGAAGCUGGUUCUUCUGUAGAAAACUGGGCUUAUAAUUGGCUUUGCAAUAUGUUUAGCAAUAUUCGUGAUGAAACUCUUAAUAAUAUAUUACGUGCAUGUAAAUUAGCACUUAAGCGUGAUAUAAAAAUAUUAACAUUUUGUUUACCCCAUGUUGUUGCGUAUAUAAUAACAAAUAGCUCUGAACAACAGCAUGCAAAAAUACGGGAAGAAAUAUUAACAAUUAUCGAUGUCAGAAAAAAUCCCACACUUGAUCAUGAGCUAUCACGACAUAGACCUCUUAGACAUGGGCAUAGUAUAAAAGCAGAUGAUACUAGAAUUUCUGAAGAAACUAGACGUACACGUUGUGCGCAGUAGCUGAAGGAUGUUAUCAAUUUCGAGAAUAUCAUAGAGCAUUAAUGUAUCUAGAACAACACAUGGCUUCUUCUAAUAAAGGAUUAUCAGAAGCAUUGGAGGGUGAAUUACUUGCUAAAAUAUAUGCGCAAUUGGACGAACCAGAUGGUAUAUCUGGUAUAUUAGCUACUCAAGAUCAUACUCCUACAGUUCAACAAUUAGUUUUAGCUCAUGAAGUCAAUGGGCAGCUUCAGGAUGCUGCUACUUGUUAUGAGAGAUUGGCACAAAAGAAAACUUUAAAGCACACGUAUUUGCAAGGAAUGAUUCAAUGUUAUCUCGGUCUUGAUCAACCUUUUACAGCAAAACAUAUCACUGAAGGAGUUUUAAAUAACAGACCAGAGUUAGAACCAUUAAUGAUUGAACAUGAACCAUUUUGGAGGUUGGCUCAUUUCAUUAGAUUUGAUGAUAUUUCUCAAAAAAAUAUAAAACAUAUACUACUUGAAGAUCUUAAAAAGGGUAUUAAACCAGAUUUAUUAUCUUUGAAAAGAAAUUUAGUAUUGCUGUUAGAAAAUGCUUCACGCCCAGGAGCUUAUCAACAGAGCUAUUCUUACAUUAUGAAGCUACAUAUAUUAAAUGAAUUUAAUAAAGCAGUUAGUACUAUGCUAACUGAUAUAGACAAAUUACCGAUGAUAUUUGAGGAGUGGGAAAAACGUUGUCAACUUGUUCGCGCUUCACGAGGAGUAGAAUUUGUAUUAAGUAUGCGUAGAGCUACAUUAGAUUUAGCACUUCAGUUACAGAGAGAAAUUGAAAAUAAAGAAAAUUCUGUAUUGAAACAAGAAAUUGGUAAGAUUUGGCUUAAAAGUGCGAAGAUUGCGAGAAAGAGUAGAUUACAUCAACAAGCAUAUAUGUAUAUUUUGUCUGCUAGUGAUUCUUGUCCUCAACAACAACUUUAUAUAGAACAAGCUCAAUUAUAUUGGCAAAAAGGCUGUCAGGAAGAUGCUUUUAUAACUUUAAAACGUUGUUUUUCUAGUUGUUUUCAGCCGGCUAUGUACUAUAAGACUUUGCCAGUAGAAGAAUGUUUAGAAGAAAGAAAACAGUGUGCAAAGGCAAAACUUUUAUAUGCAAAAUAUAAUGAUGAAACAGUUAAUGUGGAUACUGAUGCUAACAUUAUAAAUUACAAAGAAGCUAUUGAAGUUUGGAGAGAAUGGGAAAAAAGUUUAUUGUUUUGUGCACAAUACUACGAAUCUGUCAUAGAUAGAAUGACAGAUGAAGAGAAAGAUUCAAGAGGACGAGACUUACAAGUGCAUACCAUGAAUUAUUAUGGAAAAUCACUUCAAUAUGGUUGUAAAUACAUUCAUCAAUCUAUGCCAAGAAUGUUAACUAUUUGGUUGGAUUUUGCUUCACGCACAACAUCACGAUCCAAUAAUCGGAAUGAUCGGGAACAAGACAAAUUUCGACGGGACGCGUUAUUAAAAAUGUCAAAAAUUAUGGAAGUGUAUCAAGAAAGACUACCAAUAUUCAUGUGGCUAACUGCAUUUAGCCAACUUGUAUCGAGAAUAUGUCAUCCUUCUAUCGAGGUACAAAAGACUAUCUGCACUAUAUUAGUAAAACUAAUUCAUGCUUAUCCUCAACAUAGUUUAUGGAUGAUGGCAUCAGUUAUUAAUUCUUCAUACCCUGCACGUCAGAAACGUUGCAAAGAAAUACUCAAUCACAGCAAACUUAAAACACCAGAAAUGAUUAAACUUAUUACAGAUUUUCAUAAAUUAUGGGAGCAAUUGAUUGAAUUAUCAAACAAAACAAUACCAGAAGGCAUUAUGAAUACUACGGUAACUCUUUUGUCACGAAAUCUUCCUCGCUUACUUUCAAAUAAGGAAUUUAGUACAAUAAUGAUACCAACAACCAAAUUUAGGCAAUUGCAUCUGCCGUCAAAGGGCAUGCAGCUAGAAAGUUAUAAUGCAUUUUCUACAAAUUGGAUUCAUAUAUCCGGAAUAGAAGAUAAUGUAGCUGUUAUGCCAUCUCUUCAAAGACCACGGCGUAUUACGUUAAGAGGAUCGGAUGGUAAAGAAUAUUUAUUUAUGUGUAAGCCAAAAGAUGACUUACGAAGAGACUUUAGAUUAAUGGAAUUUAACGAUAUUGUAAACAAAUAUCUUCAGAAUGAUCCCGAAUCUCGACAAAGAAGAUUGUAUAUUCGGACAUACAGUGUUGUGCCCCUUAAUGAAGAAUGCGGUUUGGUAGAAUGGGUACCAAAUUUAGUUGGGUUUAGACCAAUUAUAAUAAACUUAUAUAAAGAGAGAGGUAUUGCAAUUUCCAAUAGAGAACUUAGAACAUUAAAAGAUCCAUUAGAGAAGAAGAAGAAAGUGUUUCUAGAACAACUUCUUCCGCGUCAUCCACCAGUACUCGGAGAUUGGUUUCGUCUUACAUUCCCUGAUCCAUAUGGAUGGUAUGAAGCACGUACUGCCUAUAUUAGAACUACAGCAGUAAUGUCUAUGGUAGGAUACAUUCUUGGUCUUGGAGAUCGUCAUGGAGAAAAUAUAUUAUUUGAUUCUAAAUGUGGAGAUUGUGUACACGUAGAUUUUAAUUGUUUAUUUAAUAGGGGAGAAUUGUUUGAGUGGCCAGAACGUGUACCAUUUCGUUUAACGCAUAACAUGGUAGAUGCUAUGGGACCAUUAAAAAUUGAAGGACCGUUUAGACGUGCUUGUGAAAUAACUAUGAGGGUUCUUCGACAACAAAGUAGCACGUUAUUAAGUGUAUUAACACCAUUCGUAUAUGAUCCACUUGUAAGCUGGAAUAAAAAUCAUAUUAGUGAAGGUGGUGAGAAAACAAAUGAAAAAGCUGUGGAGCAUAUAAAAAAUAUAGAACAGCGACUCAAAGGUUUAAUUCGAUAUCAUGGAAAACAGUUGGAAAAUAUUGCUUUAAAUCUUAGUGUUGAAGGACAGACUAAUCAAUUAAUUCUGGAAGCAACAAAUGUAGAUAAUCUUUGUCAAAUUUUUUUAAAUUUAAUAUGCAUACAGCAGAAACCUGGAAUCCAACGAAACAAAUUAGGAGACUACUGGUCACUGCUUGCAAAAAGAGGAUUAGAUGGAAAUUUUUUUCCAUAUUAUCACAAAACCUGA